UUGGCUUGUUGGGCUAUGUCUACAAUAUGUUAAUUUUUUUCCCUUUCUACUGAUUUUUAUCACUUCAGGGAGCUCCAGGAAGAGAUGGCUUUCCGGGAAACAAAGGAUCCAUGGGCCUGCCAGGGAGAAGGGGUCUAAAGGGGGAGCCUGGUGAAGAGGGAGCUCCAGGAGAUCCCGGCAUCUCAAUCAUUGGACCCCGUGGCCCCCCUGGUCAACCAGGAGCGAGAGGGUUCCCCGGAUAUCCGGGCCCUAUAGGGUUGGAUGGUAAAUCAGGAAAAGCUGGACCUAAGGGUGAUGCAGGCUUGCCUGGUCCUAAAGGUGAAAAGGGGGACUGUGGUCUUAAAGGAGAAAAGGGUCCACAAGGUCCAAAGGGCGACAAGGGCCAACGUGGAGAUUCAGCACUCACGGAGUUCCCUGGGACUUCACUAGCAGCACUGCGGCUAAAUCAGAUCCAGACUGUGAAGGGUGAACAAGGACAGGCCAACUGCUCCCCAGGACCACCUGGACCUCCAGGACCUAAAGGACCUCCAGGGGAUUCAGGAAAGCCAGGAGCAAAUGGUUUAACAGGGAAACCUGGAGAUCCUGGACAACCUGGAAGAGACGGAACUAAGGGGGAUAAAGGAAUGACAGGACUUCAGGGAAAACCCGGAAUGCCAGGGCUCCCAGGAAGAAAGGGCGACCGAGGAGAAGUCGGGCAAAAGGGAGAGCCUGGUGAAAUGGGUCGGGCAGGCGCCAAAGGAGAAAAGGGAGAGUUUGGAAGACCUGGUAUCCCAGGAAAACCUGGAACAAAGGGGAUAUUUAUUUCAGCUCUUCCUGGGUUUAAGGGAGAGCCGGGGAAGACUGGACCGCCUGGACAGAAGGGUGAAAAUGGCCUGCCAGGACGAGAUGGUACACCAGGGCAGAAAGGUGAAGUAGGCAAACCAGGCUCAGCAGCUGGUGGAAUUAAAGGUGACCCAGGGAUGCCUGGACCUGUUGGCCCUCCAGGACAGAAGGGUGAAGCAGGGGAACGAGGCAUGCAGGGCCCUCCAGGUCCUAAAGGUGAAGCAGGAAAAACCGAGAUAAUUGACUAUAAUGGUAACAUCAAUGAAGCACUCCAGGGCCCUCCAGGAGCUCCAGGAAGGCCAGGUCCACCAGGCCAGAAGGGUGAAGUAGGCUUACCAGGUGUACCUGGACUUGAUGGAGAAAAGGGCCCUCGUGGUAAAACAGGGGAUACUGGAAUAAUUGGUCUCCCAGGACCACCAGGACCUGAAGGGCCGAAGGGGGAGGCAGGAAUUAUGGGAUUCCCCGGUCCUAAAGGAGAUAAAGGAGACAAAGGAGAUAUCGGCCAGAUUGGAUCACCUGGUUUGGAUGGGCCGACAGGUGAAAAAGGAGAAAGGGGUGAGCCAGGAUUGCAAGGCCCCCCUGGGCUACCAGGUCCCGUCGGACUUCCAGGUUCAACCGUUAAUGGGUUACCAGGUGUUCCCGGGCCACAGGGCCCUCCAGGUCAAAUGGGACCUCAUGGCCUUCCAGGGACAAAGGGUGAGCCUGGUUCAGAAGGUCCCAAAGGUGAUAGAGGUGAUCGAGGUCCCCUGGGACUGCCUGGUGUACCAGGGCCAGCAGGACCAAAAGGAGAAAGGGGCGAUAAAGGAGAGGCGGGAAUUAUGGGACCAAUGGGACCACGGGGAUUACCUGGUUCACUAGGACCAAAGGGUGAAAAGGGAGGCCGGGGGGAGAAGGGAAAGAGAGGUGCUAAAGGGCCUAAAGGGGAUAAGGGAGACCAAGGAGUGCCUGGAUUAGAUGCACCUUGUCCAUUGGGUGAAGAUGGUUUACCUGUACAGGGCUGUUGGAAUAAAUGAUGAUGGUCUAACCUCAGAAUGGAGUGUGUACAUAGGAUAUUUAUUUUUAUACAGUUUUUUGCAAUUAUAAAAGUUACCUUUUCUAAAAAUUUCAUAUUUUAAUAGCACAUUUUGUAUAAAUUGUAUUAAAUCCUGUAUGUGUCUACCAUUGUCUUUGUAUUUGCGUAUUCAUCUGCUAAUUUUGUUACAUAAUACUGCAGUUAUUAUUUGCAUGAUAUUUGUGCAUAAUAUAAAGAGCCACUGCUGCAUUAUAAUUUAUUGUAUUAUAUGAAGUGGGCUGCCCUUAACUGCAGACCUGGUUAUUUGAAGUCAUUGCCCCAGACCAAUUGCAAACUGUAUGUAUUCCUGCCAGGGAUUUAUUUGUGUCUUCCUGCUGAUAUAACACAUUGCACAAGUGUAUGUUAAUCCUGGUAUAAGCAAACAAUCCAAAUACUUCAGCAGAGGCUGCUGGUAAUGAAAACCGAGAAAAGACAGAUGCAUUUUUUUUAAAUUCUAUAUGUGAAUCUGUAUCAAAUAAUAACAGCAGAAAAGAAUGCUAAUCUGUUGUCCUAGCAUUUUCAUACCAGCUGUGGUUAAUGUUUAAGUGUUAACCUUCAGUCCUUGCAAAUACUUAAGUGUUACUACAACUCUUGUUAAUAGUUGCAUGGUGUGGAAUAAGCUGAUGAAAUUGCUGGGUGCAAUAACCCCUGGAAAGCUACAGCCUCCUUUUCCUGCUGAAGUUGAUUUCAGUAUUAAGUAUAGCAGAAGACACCAAUAAAGACAUCAUUUGACAUGGUCCACAAGAAUGAGGCUUUCUGUUUGUUUUUAACUAAUUGCAUGAUUCCAAGAAAUUUCAUUAACGCAAUUUACAAGCUUUAAUAUACUCUACAGUUUAGAAUAUAUAUGUAUAUACUGUUACAAGAUGACAAUGUUCUUCUACUAGCCACUUUCCUCUAAAUUAGUUGCUUUAGUACCUCUAAGAUGAGUUCCGUAUUGAGCAAUUUCCAACCCAUAGAGUUACUGUAAUCAAAUUUGGCUUUUUCUCAGCCUUCCAAAAGUCAUAAAGCAGGUGUUUCCAACCUUUAUUAUGCCAUGGACCAAUACCGUUAAGCAUGGGGUCCAUGGACCCCAGGUUGGGAACCCCUGUCAUAAAGCAACAAAGUCCGAGGAAAGCAUUCAGCAUUGUGUUCUUUUCCCAUACUGACUCAUUAGUAGAAUUCCAAUUAAUCCUCCCCUCUCCUGCUAUUUCUCAUUACCCUACAGAUAUUCUUUCUUUAUCAAUCAUUUAUCCAAUUCCGUUAUUGAAUCAGCCUCCACUGGCCAUUCCAGUAGGAGGGCAGCUAAUGAAGGAAGGAUACACAAACGUGCAAACAUUCAUUAAUCUGUUCGUGCACCAACUAACAAUUUUCAGGCAAAUGUUUAGCACAGAGUACUUCUGAAUUCAGUAUUACCUGUUACAGUUCCUGUUCCUGGUUCAUAGAUUAAAAUUAACAAUUGACCUAACAUCAGGUGCUUAUUAUUUUUUUGGAAGGGGGUUCCGAACUUCUACCACUCCAUGCAUGUUCUAUUCUUAAAAAAAAAACUUGCCUCAUGCUUUUAAACUAUAUUUGCUCACCUUG